AUGGACAAAAGAAAAAUGUUGGUAAAAAAAUGUACAAAGAAUGUACUACAGUUAUUAUGCGAGCAGUUCUUAGAAAUAUUACAUGGUGUUGAAAAUGAAAAAAAACGAAUAUGGGUACGAAGUUGGUUGGAUAGAAGGAAUUCUCAUGGAGUAUCAAAUUUACUUCUCAAAGAAUUAGCGGAAGAAGACACUCAUGAGUUUACUAAUUGUAUGAGAAUGGAUCCAACAAAAUUUGAAAUUUUAUUAAAUAAAGUACACCAAAAGAUACAACGUUCAAACACCAUAAUGCGAGAAGCCAUACCUGCUCGUGUAAAGUUACAAGUUACUUUAUCAUAUUUAGCUACAGGUAACAGUUAUCGAAAUUUACAACAAUCUUUUCGAGUUUCAAGAGCAGCUAUUUCAAAGUUUAUUCCAGAAGUAUGCGAUGCAAUAUAUGAGGCUUUGGGAGAUUUUAUAAAGGUAAUAAUUAUCUUGGGUACAAUGUUGAAUACCACAGGUCAGGGUCAUUCGUCAUUUUUUGGGUCUCAAGAACGCCUCAACGAUGCUGUGUCGGAAUUCUCAGGACAAACCCGUUCCAUCCAUCCAGAACGUUUUAUCCGCCAGCUAGAUGUAUAUUUUGAGAAUGUCCCAAUGUCAGCAGACCAACAAUUGAUUUCUGCACAACGUAGGCUUAGUGGAAACGCUCGUCUGUGGUACGACUCACUAAUCCCCACCCCUCCGAGCUACGAUGAUUUCCGCAUAUUAUUCCGUCAACGAUUUUGGUCCGCUGCGACUCAACGUAAGACUCGCAACGAGGUGUUUCGGCCAUUCCAAUACACGAGAUACGAUGGUCUCGCAACACACGCCAUGCAAUGGAUUUCCGGGGCAAAGUAUCUGUCACCACCCAUUGACCCAAUUGAUUUGGUUUCGACCAUAAUACAACACUAUCCGAUUCCCCUUAGUAUGGCCCUACGAGGACGUGGACUACGUGAUACAAAUGAAUUGUUAGCUGUUUUGACUGAGUUCGAAGAGUCCACAUCGUUCUGUGAACCACGUCAGGAGGACCACCGACCACAUCACAACAAUAUUCAACCCAAUCAACAAAACGAACGGAGGGCACAGGACAAUAGACAAGGAUAUCGCGGAGGGUACAAUCGAGGUCAACAACCGAGGAAUCAGCCUGCGGCUACAGCCGCCCCGCCCAUUAACCAAUUAAAUGUGUCGGGAAACGAGGAAGCUUCUCGCCAGUGA